CUGUGUCCACAGCGAGCAGGGAGCCAGCGAGCGAGCAGAGAGGAAGAACACGGAGCAGUUGAGCAUGGCUCUCCCAACUUUCGCGCGAGAGAGGAGGCGGCAGGGGGCGAAACUUCAGGGCUCUUCUGUCUGAGUCCGCGAUGCUCCUGUGACUGGCCGUCCGGGGAGAGGGGCAGGAAGGAGAAGAAGAGGGAAUGCGAGGCUGCCGUAAUGGGUAGGCAGAAGUGGGACGGCGUGUUAGCAGGCUAGCAGCUGGAACGGUUUGAUUUUACAGCUGGAAGAGCAGAAGCUGAACCCAAAUCCCAGUAUGGAAGACCUGCUGGAAACCCUGCCUCCGCUUCUCUCUCCGUGACCUCCUGCCCCUCCUCUUCCUUUGGAUCACGUACAAAUGGAGACCUUGGAACUGUGGACCUUCAGGCCCCUGCGAAGCUGAGAAAUUGGCUGUCGUCUCUUCUGGACCCGGCGUGGACCACUUUGGAAGGACCAUGGACGCCUUAGGGAACCAGGAGAGCUACAGCAUCCAAGCCACAGCCACCAUCGCUGCAGUCACCACAUUCCUCAUCCUUUUCACCAUCUUUGGCAAUGUUCUGGUGAUCAUUGCUGUGUUGACCAGCCGGUCCCUGAAGGCUCCUCAGAACCUCUUCCUGGUGUCCCUGGCAGCGGCGGAUAUUCUGGUCGCCACCCUCAUCAUUCCCUUCUCCCUGGCCAAUGAGUUGAUGGGCUACUGGUACUUCAGCAGGACCUGGUGCAAAUCUUACCUAGCGCUGGAUGUCCUCUUCUGCACUGCUUCCAUUGUGCACCUCUGCGCCAUCAGUUUGGACCGCUACUGGUCAGUCAGCCAGGCCAUUGAGUACAAUUCCAAGAGGACCCCCCGGCGGAUCAAAUGCACCAUCCUUGUGGUGUGGCUGAUUUCGGCCUUGAUCUCCCUGCCCCCACUGGUCCUCAAUGAGAACCAAAACAACACCAAAGAGGAUACGCCAAAGUGUGAACUCAACAAAGAGCCAUGGUAUAUCCUGUCCUCCAGCACCUGUUCCUUCUUUGCUCCCUGCGUUAUCAUGAUUCUGGUCUAUCUCAGGAUCUAUUUUAUAGCCAAGCGCCGGAACAGACACAGGUCUCGAACUAAGCCGCCCAAGGAGAAGGCAGAAGAAGAGAGACCGCAGAACAUGGUUAGCCCACCUGAUGCUGCUCUUCCCAAACAGGACCAGCCCAAGCUGGGAGAGAAGGUGGAAUCCAAUGGACUUCAGGCCCCUCCCCAGGAAGGUGAGCAAGGAGACUCCUGUUCUCUCUCUACCAAAAAUUUUUCUCUCGUAAGCCACGAUGACAGGGACCCAGAACCAGACUCUGCUGUUAGCCCUUCCCUGUCCUUGCCCGAGAAGAAGCCAUCUUCAGAAUCCAGCCCCGUGGAGUGUAUUCCCCAGAACAGCAUCCAGAGAAGCAACGGACCUCCUCCGAUUUCCCCACCAGCCAUGGACACCUUGGCCACCGCGAGAGGGGAGGUCCUGCUGGUGAGGAAAGUAAAGACGCUCAGUGCCAACCCUUGGAAGAGGAAGACCCACCUCAACCGAGAAAAGAGGUUCACUUUUGUCCUUGCUGUGGUGAUUGGGGUUUUUGUGAUCUGCUGGUUCCCCUUUUUUUUCCUCUACAGCCUGCGCGCCAUCUGCCCCUCGGAGUACUGCCCCAUCCCAGAGAGCACGUUCAAAUUUUUCUUCUGGAUAGGUUACUGCAACAGCUGUUUGAACCCCGUCAUCUACACCAUCUUCAACCAGGACUUCCGCAAAGCGUUCCGGAAAAUCCUCUGCAGACAGUGGACUCAAACUGCUUGGUGAGACCGACUGGAAUCCAACAGGGAGAGACAAGGAGAGAACAUGGUUUGGGUCCAUAGGGGCUCUCUUGACGAAAGGGGGAACUCAGCAACUAUUUAACAAAACCAGAAACCUAUUUAUUUUUUGGCUUUUGUGUUUGCAGACCAGGGAGUGAGGUGAGUGCUGGAUCCAAAGGGGCUUUUUCAGAAAGUUUGUUGUGCCUUGGUUGUGGGGGUGCGUGUGUGUGUGUGUGUGUCCAAAAGAGAUGGCAUGUACUGUAUAUAAACACACACGCACAUCUCUUCUGCCAAUGUGUGUUUUUCACUAAAACGAUGUGCCACUGUCAAAAAUCUUCUGAUUAAUUCUUUGGAGGGAAGAACUUUUCUUCUACUUUCUGGGCUAAAGGAGGGGAUAAUUAACGGUUGCCAACUUGGCUUACAAGCCCUAUAACUCUCCAGUUUUCUAGGGGUUGAAAGGCAAAUGCUGUAUUUAGCAGGUGUUCAUUUCUACGUACCAAGAUUCUGCAAAGGAGUAAGGGGAAAUGUUUGUCCUCCCGUUUUCUUUGCUGUUCAUCUGGCUUAUCCUCAUGUGAUCUCAACUGCUUCAGCCCUCCACAUAUUUUGGAGUUAAAGCUACUGACAUGGAACACAUUUCAAAAUAAAUCUGCGCAGUGUAUCUUUUGGUUUCAGCUCAGGAACCUGGGUUUGAAAAUUCACUUUCAGGGACCAGAAAGAGAGCAGGGUGGCCAACUGCUCGAAAUAAAAUGUGUGGCUUAACAUAGAUAUGUGGUCAUGCAAAACGGAAAUGGUGCUGUUGGACCCUCUCUGCAUAUGAACUCCUGUACAAAAACAGAGCUAAAGCAUAGGACCAAAAGUUGGCCUCCUGGAUGGUCAGUGAAAUAUUUGCUGUUGUGGGGAUUUGAUCGCUGUUGACAAAUCUUCUCCUGUUUUUGUCUAUGAUGGGUUGCCAUCCUUUAAAAAUCAGCCAUGCUCCUGUGCAUUUAAGAGCGUCCUCUCUUUGAAGAAUCUAGCUGAGAAAGAUUUUGCUGUCAGUUCUGUCCCAUCUAAUAAAACUUUCAACGGCUAACAUUUUGCAUGUUCUUAAUAGCACAGAAGCAGGAUGGGGUGCAGGGGGUCAAAAAAGGCAAGAUAGUGGCUUCAAUCAUGCAAUCAUGGACGCCAUCUUGACUUUCUUGACUCCCUCCCUGCAAAACACCCCUGAAGUAGGACUAGUUGUUUUUUAAGCAGCAAUCCUACGUCCUUGCAAUUAUUCCUAAAUCGUAACAAGUAAUUUGUUGUUCUUCAUAAGGUUCAUCUCUUUGAAUGGGGUAAAGAACGUUAAAAUCACUGAAACCUCUAAACCAGCUUUCUCCAAUUCGGCUCUGAGUUAUUAAUGUAGUGUUCCACUGAUUUAUUUCACACGGUUUGUAUGCUGCUGCAAUCACCAGGUGCCUGUGAGCAUCUUAUAAUCCUACCAUUUGAAAACAGGGUUAGAACAACUAAGAAAAUAGAGGUGAUAAGUAGCAAACGUUAAUGUCCACAAAUAUAAGACGAUAAUAGCAGACUGGUUCUAUGUGGGGGUAGGUUGAGUCUCCAUGUGGAUGCUAUUCCGGAGAAGGGGAACAGUGAUCAAAAAGGCCCACUUCUGAGAACCUACUAGAUUACUUUCAUUAAGAGAGAGAACUUGGUGGGACCCCAUUCUUCCAGAUCUAAGUGGGAAACAACUGGUGAACAGGAGUACUGUAGAUAUCUGGAUCCUAAGUCAUAGGCUGAACUUCCAACCAAGAUGGCCAUUAACAGUUGACCCAAUGCAUCUGAAGAAGCCAGGUAGGGAAGGCUGGAUCUAGUAAGGAGGAUUUUGAUUGGCUGAACCCAGCAUGGCUGUCAAACUGUUGGAGAACCCCUAACUGAUCACUGAUAUGAGUUGGUUAACUAAACAGUGAAAGCUGAGUAACCUAUGAAGACAGAAAAUCCAACAGUUUGAGAGAGACCUAGAUUUUCAAUGGAUUUAGAAGAGUGUGACUGAUCGCGAGAUGAUUUCGAUUGCUGGUUCUGCAGACCAGCAUGAGAAAAGUUCAUCCAUCUUGAAUUAAGCCACCCAGAUGAAGAAUGCUGGGUGAAAUGUGGAGUGAAUCUGGGAGGAGAAAAAAAAUGGGUGCCUCGUUCUAUGGCUGAACAGAAAUUUCUGGUCUGAGUAGGUAUUGAGUGGUACCCAGGCCUGGAUUCCAUGUUUACGUCUGGCUUUUAAGCCAUGAUUUUUCAUUGGGUUCUGGCUGGGUUCAAGGAUGCUUCCAUGCAAAAAAAAUGUAUCACCUUCUUUCCAGUUCCACACAAGACGUGGAAGACAAAUCUGAUUCCCCAACUGAUUGCUGACAUCUUUUAACCCAGCCCAAUGCCCUGAUCUAGUUAAAUGGUCCAACCUUUUCAAAAUAAGGACCAGGGCAAAAGAUUUCAAGUUGCACCAUCUUCAAAGAAGCAUUUGCCCAGGACAAUUCCCAGCUGGAAAUGUUUCUUUUGAGGCCUUCCUGGCUAAUGCAUACCGUUCCAAAAAUGAAGAGUGCAUUUUGGUUUAAAAUAAGGGUUACCUAAGCAAAUAGGGGAGCAGCCCUCAGCAUAUGUGAAUUCUCUGUGUACUGACUUUAGACCA